AUGCCUUGGGGACUACUUGAAGACAAUCGCAUGGAACAUGUCCCCGGGACUGUGUUUCUUGCGGAUCAGUCCGACGUUCCCCACGAGUACGACGAUGUUCCUCGCGAAGUCCUCAAGCACGGUACGGGAAAGUAUUCCGACAUCAUUCUCGUACCCCAACCCUCCGACUCACCCAAUGAUCCACUGAAUUGGCCCACAUGGAAGAAGGAUGCAAUCCUCGUCAUAGUUGGUCUCUCGGCCGCCAUUGUCGGGGCGUACGGCCCAAUGCUCUCGCCCGGAUUCGUUGAAAUCUCGGCCGAUCUGGGUAUCACGGUCAAUACCUUGUCGCAGGCCACGGCAUGGGUCAUUCUGCUCAUUGGCAUCUCGCUGUUCUUGUUCAACCCAAUGGCCAAAAAGAUCGGAAGGCGACCAGUCUAUGUCAUUUGCAGUAUUAUCAUGUUUACAGGCAGCAUCUGGGGCGCACUUGCCAAGGAUUACAAUAGCUUUCUUGGAAGUCGCAUCUGGAGUGGUCUGGGCAUGGCGCCGUACGAGGUUCUCGUGCAGUGCACCAUCGCUGACUUGUACUUCAUCCACCAACGUGCAACAAGGAUUGCUGUCUGGAACAUGUUUUUGUUAACUGGAAUAUCUGGGGGCAGCCUUAUAUCUGGCUUUAUCAUUCAAAACCAAGGCUGGCAGUGGACAUUCAUCUGGUGCGCCAUACUAUUCGGCUUGCUGCUUCCACUUGUGUUUUUGUUCGUCCCCGAGACUGCAUACAAUCGCAACUCAGUUGGCCAGAAACUCGUGACUGCAACCCUUGACAAAGAGACAACUGCGGUCGUCCAGGAGAAGAAGAAAGCCGAGAUCGAGCACAGAGAGUCUGGUGACACUGUAGAGAAGAGGAGGUCGUUUGUGAGCACACUACGACUUUGGGGCGAAACCUAUACCUCGACUCCUGUGUGGAAAAUCUUCCUUCGCCCCCUCAUCAUCUUCUGGUAUCCUGCCGUCUUUUGGGCGUUCCUCCUAUACGGCGCUACACUGACUUGGAUCGUUGUCUUCAGUGUUGUGAAUGCAACCAUCUUCACCGCACCGCCCUACAACUUUUCCGUGUCGCAGACUGGUCUGAUCUCGCUAUCGCCCUUCCUAUUGACCAUCAUUGGUGAGCUCAUCUCCGGGCCACUUAAUGACUAUGUGUGCCUUUGGCUCGCCAAGAAGAAUCGUGGCAUUUAUGAGCCCGAGUUCCGUCUCCCUACGAUUAUCAUCCCUAUGAUCAUUGGCAUUGCUGGGUUUUACGGGUUUGGAGCCACGGUGCACUACCAGACCCAUUGGACCGGACCGGUUCUGUGCUUUGGAUUAGCCAAUAUGAGCCUCGCAAUCGGCAAUGCAUGUGUGUUUGGAUACGUGAUAGAUGCUCACAAGGAAUUAAGUGAGGAGGCAUUCGUGGCCAUCAAUGCACGCAAUUUCUUGACCUUUGGCCUGACAUAUUUUGUUAAUGACUGGCUGGAGAAGGACGGUGUCUUGACCGUGUUCAACGUACUCGGAAGCAUCUUUGUCGCAGUGAAUCUUCUUACAAUUCCACUCUGGAUCUACGGGAAGAGGAUCAGGGGAUUCAUCGCUCGCAGCAAGACUCUUGACAAAUUCAUGCAUGAGGACUAA